AUGUUUACGAAGGAGGAGAUAUCGGCCCGCUGGGCCGCUCACCUAGACAAACAAAUGAUCGAAGUUCCAGGCACAGCAAAGCCUGGCUUCACUCCCGUGUACCGGAAUGCGGCCUUUCCCAUGGACCCGCCGGAUGACAGGCCAUACAACUUGUUCAAAAAGAGAGUGGCUGAAAAUCCGGAUGCUAAAUGCUUGGGUCACCGCCCUUGGGACGAAAAAAAAAACGACCUCGCAGACUACUUUGAGUGGCGCACGUAUGCACAAACGGAUGCAGAAGUAACAGCACUGGGUUCGGCCAUUUCGUGGUUCCAGGAGCAGGGAUGGCUCAAGCCGCGUGAAAAUGACAAAAAUAUCUCUGAGCCUGGUAUUUCGGGAUUCACCGUAGCUUACUGGGGUGCGAAUCGUCCUGAGACCAUGAUCACUCUUUUGUCGCAGGCUGCUUACUCCCGGGUGUCCGUCUCAUUGUACGACAACUUCGACGCAGCGGGCUCAUGCUACAUCCUGCAGCACAGUCAGACUCGUGUCUUGCUGUGCCCGACGCAAUACGUGCCUAUUGUCCUGCGCAAUGCGGACAAGAUUCCGGCACUCAAGGUGAUCGUUCUUAUUGAUCGACCCUGUCCAUCGAAGUCCAUGCUUGGUGAGCUGAAGAAGGUCGAGCUCGUGCGUGAAUGGGCCAGUAUGCACGGCAUCCAUGUGGUUCAAUACGACGAGACCAUCGCCCUUGGCAGGCAGAACCCACGUCCACACAUUGUCGCCGGCAGCGAUGAUCAGCUCGCGUCGCUCUGCUACACUAGUGGCACAACCGGUCUUCCGAAGGCCGCACGCAUUGUCAACGGCAGUAUGUCGCAAGCGAUGGAGGGUUUGCGCUGGAUUGUGAAUGAUCAAGAAAUGGUGUCAAUCUCCUAUUUACCACUUGCACACAUCUUGGAACGUGGUUGGGAGACGUUUAUCCUGUGCAUGGGCGGGGCGAUCGGCUUCUUCUCAGGCCAGAUUGAACGUCUCAUGGAGGACCUGCAGAUCCUCAAACCCACAAUGAUGCCUAGCGUUCCGCGCGUACUCAACCGCAUUGCAGGUCAGAUCGAGGCACAGAUGAGUGCGCCCGGCCUCAAAGGCAAGCUGCUGAGCAAGGCGGUGCAAGUGAAGCUGGACAACUUCUACAAGACCGGCGCGAUCACGCACGCAUUCUGGGACCGCCUAAUUUUCCGCAAGGUGCGUGCUUUGUUGGGUGGUCGAGUGCAGUUCAUGAUCACGGGUAGUGCACCAUGCCGUAAGGAUGUGCUUGCCCUGCUCCGUGUCGCCCUCUGUGUGGAUGUGCGUGAGGGUUAUGGACAGACGGAGAACAGUGCGUAUGCCACGUUCAUGGCGCCGAACGACCCUCGACUUGGAUGUGUGGGACCUGCGAAUCCGGGUGUGGAUUUGCGCUUGCGCGACUGCCCUGAGCUCGGCUACAUGUCGACGGACAUGCCAUGCCCUCGUGGUGAGAUUAUGAUUCGUGGCAAGGCCGUCUUCGACGGCUAUGAGGGCGACGAGAAAAAGACAAAGGAAACGUUCCUCGACGACGACGACGGCAAGGGGCCUUGGCUGCUCACGGGUGACGUUGGCCGCGUGGAUGAAUAUGGCCGACUACAGAUCAUUGACCGUGUGAAAAACCUGAUCAAGCUUGCGCAGGGCGAGUAUAUCGCUAUUGAGAAGGUCGAGAGUGUGUUUGCCUCGCUUCCCCUCGUACAGCAAGUCUGGCUGUACGGCGACUCGUACCAGCCACACCUUGUCGCUGUGGCUGUGCCCCAGCCAGACACGUUCGCUGCCUUUGCAAGCCGCAUCUUACAAAAGACGGUGAAGCAUGACGAUCAGACUGCGAUGCAGUCAGCCGUCAACGACAGCAUGGUUGUCGAGGCUGUUCUGCGCGAAUUCAUCAAGCUUGGAAAGAAGCAGCGUCUCGGUACACUUGAGCAGAUGCGUGCGCUCAAGCUGCGCCUGGAUCCAUUCUCGCCUGAGAAUGGCCUCAUGACGCCGACCAUGAAAGUCAAGCGCCAGGAAGCCGCCAAGAUCCUCAAGGGCGACUUGGACGAGCUAUACCGCCGUCAACCGUACGACCUGAACGACGUUAAGCUGUGA